CGACACUGGGCCUGGUGCGAGGCCCGGAACCGCUUCAUUGAACCCUUUGAAAUCUGUGCAGCGUGCUAUCAUCGAUCCCACUAGCGGCAAGAAUAGUCUGGGCUAUUCACUGUGGAAUUUCCUACAAUCGAACGCACAGAGGUUGUACAGGCUUGACCUCAGUGAUCCUGGCGAACGAGCGAUUUUGUACUUGCUGCUUCAGCUACGCGAUCAACUGCCAAAAGGAUGCGCCAGCUUUCACGAUGACCC